AUGGUCAAGGUUCCUAAAACCCGCCGGACUUUCUGUGAGAAGUGUGGCAGCAUCAACCCCGCGAAGUCACACAGUACAAGGAGGCAAGGUUCUCCUAGCGCGCAGGGGGAGUGGCGUUACGACAGGAAGCAGAGUGGGUAUGGUGGGCAGACUGAGCCGAUUUUCUGGGAAAAGGCUAAAACUACAGAGAAGAUUGUGCCGAGGCUUGAAUGUGUUGGGCCCAAGUGCAGAUCUAAGAGAAUGCUGGCUAUUAAGGGAGCAUUCUGA